CUCAUUGUCAGGAGGGUUGUAGUGUGAGCAGGAGGAAGAGAACGAGGGUGCAGGUACAGCAGCAGCAGCAGCGGCAGCAUCACAGAAAACACACUCCACUAGACUCAGCUGGUGGAAGAUGGAGCAAAAUGAAGUAAACUUCUCUCCUGGAAGAAGUCCCCCUCUCAGAGAUGAGCCACGGCACAUACCUCAGCGCAGUUUCUACUUAAACCCGCCUCCAUUUUACCUUAAACAGCCUAAAUUCUCCCCGCCGAGAAAUCCGGGUCUGUCGCCCACUGCAGACAGAUACAGCGCGUUCAGCCCGCCGGCUUUCUUUCCCGUGCUCAGCUCCAGAUACACGACAACCGACGGACUCCGCAAACCCAAAAGAAGCCCUUUCAGAGCGGACGCCCAGGAAGGUGAAUUUCCAGACAAGGAGAGGGAAGAGGAGGCAGAGGAGAGCAGCAGCAAGAAGACAGUAGACCUCACCCACCUCCAGUUCUCCUUCCCGCCCCCUCCUAAACAAUUCCCCGGUAUGAUCGAGCUCAGCAGAAUGCAGCUUCACCACAGACCAUCCGGUGUGAGUCUACCCGUGCAGGUGAAGCAGGAGCCUCUCAGUCCUUCCAGAGUUUGGCCUCCCUCCCCCCUCCUCCUCCACCAUGCCUACUUCCCACCGCUCCACCCGAGCCUCCUCCCAUACCCCUUCUUCAUGCCCGGACCGCUCAUGCACCUGUCACCCGGUGCUUUCUACCCCAAAGAGGACCCCCGCUCCGGUCCCGGGACCCGGGAUGAGGCCCCGCGCGGCGGGACGACCAGCGCCGAGAAGCUGGGCCUCAGCGUUCACGUAGACGACAGCUACUACGUCGACGUCGGCGGCGACAAAAAGCGAUGGAAGUGUCGCAUGUGCGAGAAGUCGUACACCUCCAAGUACAACCUGGUCACGCACAUCCUGGGCCACAACGGCAUCAAGCCACACGGGUGCCACCUGUGCGGCAAGCUGUUCAAGCAGCUGAGCCACCUGCACACGCAUCUGCUCACACAUCAGGGCAUGAGGCCCCACAAGUGCCAGGUGUGCCACAAGGCCUUCACGCAGACCAGCCACCUGAAGAGACACAUGAUGCAGCACAGCGACGUGAAGCCGUACAGCUGCAGUGUGUGCGGUCGAGGCUUUGCUUACCCCAGCGAGCUCCGAGCCCACGAGCUGAAGCAUGAAAAGGGACAAGAGAACGUCUGCGUGGAGUGCGGUCUGGACUUUCCCACACUGGCUCAGCUGAAGAGACACCUGACUGUCCAUCGAGGGCCCACGUUGUACAGGUGUGCAGAGUGUCAGAAGACUUUCCAGUAUCCGAGUCAGCUUCAGAACCACAUGAUGAAACACAAAGACAUCCGACCGUACAUCUGCAGCGAGUGCGGGAUGGAGUUCAUCCAGUCACACCACCUGAAACAGCACACGCUCACUCACAAAGGGGUGAAGGAGCACAAGUGUCGCAUCUGCGGCCGCGAGUUCACCCUGCUGGCAAACAUGAAGCGCCACGUGCUCAUCCACACCAACAUACGGGCCUACCAGUGCCAGAUGUGCUUCAAGAGCUUUGUGCAAAAACAAACUCUCAAGGCUCACAUGAUCGUCCACUCGGACAUCAAGCCCUAUAAAUGCAAGCUUUGUGGGAAGGAAUUCAACAGGAUGCACAACCUUAUGGGUCACAUGCAUCUCCACUCCGACAGCAAGCCCUUCAAAUGCCUCUACUGCCCGAGCAAGUUCACCCUGAAGGGAAACCUCACCAGACACAUGAAGGUCAAACAUGGAGUGAUGGACAGAGGCCUGGAUGAAAGAUUGUUUAGACAGCGAGGCCGGUUCUGUCUGUCCAGUCCAAUGGGCCUCCUCACUCACUUCAGCCAAGAGGAGCCCUUUGACCUUUCCCAGAAGACCCCGGGCCUGCCCGGCCUGCGUCUCUCCCAGUCGGACGGAGAGAGCGUCCCGGGAAGCUCCUGUCAGGAGGAGGACGACGAGAGUCUGUACAGGAGGAGCCAGUACAGCCCCGAGGUGGACCAGCACGACGCAGCCUGCGAGGACCGGUACGCCGCCGAGCUGGAGGACAGAGGACCGAGCUCCCCAGACGAACUGACCCCGGGGGAAACAGCGGGGCAACAGAGGGACCAGCACAGCUUGGAGGAUGAGACAUUUGAGAUCGAGUCCAAAGAAGAGAGACAAUCUGUAGAACCCAGAGACGAAGGAGAGCGCAGCUCACAGACAGUAACAUCCUGUGAUUCUGACACAGAGUCAGGUGAGCAGGUGUACCGAGUCUGUAAACCAGCACACCACUUCGAUUCUGUUUCAGAGGCAGAAGAUGACCACAGAGACGAGCCAGAGCAGGGGAAACACAAGUCUGACGACUUGUAAGAGGUCACUGAUGUAACAGAGUCAAGUUAAGAUAACUGUUAAAAUUGGAGAAAUGCACAUAAAAUAAAAAAGUUAGUCAAAUAUUUUUCUUUUUCAAAAAGAUGCACGUUGGCGAUUAUGAUGUUAUUUGUUUUGACAGGAAAAUAGGGAGGAUGUUCAGGAGACACUCCCUCAUGGAGAAAGGAAAGUGUGCAGGUCUGAUAGCGAGGCUGAUUUUAAAGAAUGUCACACAACAGUUCAGAGCAAACUACAGACGGAUCGCAGCAGAAAGUAAAACAUGAAGAAACUAACGUGAAGCUGUGAAUCACGCCGCUUCUACAGAGUAUAUAUACAAUGAAUAAAAGUUACUGACUGAGGAUUCUUUUUGUUUGUGAGGUGAAAUUUUUAUGAUUGUUACUUUAUGUAAAUAAAUUUAAAAAAAUAUGUUUCAGGUUUUAAUUUGUUUUUUCUAUCACUGUAAUUGUGACAUUCACUGAAAUAUGCAGCUUUGCCUUUAAUUAUUUCUCUGGAAUCUGUUACGUUGAAUGAUUUUUACGACUCAAGCAGUUGAACAUGGUUUUUGCUAAUUCUCUUUUUUUUUGUAAAAAUCUAACAUAUGAGGUGUAAUAAUUUUGUUUUUUUACAGGUUUAAACAUAGGACAGCUUGAAUUUCUGUCUGAAAUAAAAUGUGAUUUCUCUUGUUUUUUUGUCCAAUGUUUAGAUGUAUUGCUAAUAAAAUCACCGAAGUUGAUUCUCCUGCUGUUUUUCUUUUUUUUAAAUAUUGCCUGA